CACUGCAGACGCACUGAAAACGAUCAUCCUAUCAACCUGAGACAAAUAAACUGAGAAAGGAUUGUAACUUCAAUUAUUCUCUUCUUCUGAAGACCUGCAGCCAUGGUUUUGACAGACAAUCUGAUGACGUAUUUAGUAGAGGUAAUGCUGUCACACCUGGCGUUCACAUGUGCUUUACUCCUGGCCUCUGUCGCUGCGAUCCGCCGGUUCAUCAGAGAGUCCUACAGGGUGGGGGGCUUCGGGCAGAAGCAUGUGUUCAUCACAGGCUGUGACAGCGGCUUCGGGAACCUGCUGGCCCGGCAGCUCGAUGGGAAAGGCCUCCACGUCCUGGCUGCGUGUCUCUCAGAGGAAGGGGCAGCAGACCUGGCAGCAGCGACCUCCUCCAGGCUAAAAACCCUGCUGCUGGACGUCACAGACAGUGAGAGCAUCAGGAGGGGGGUGCAGUUUGUGAGCAGAGAGGUCGGAGAGCGAGGUCUGUGGGGUCUGGUGAAUAACGCUGGCCGGUCAAUCCCCAUCGCUCCGACAGAGUGGACGAAGUUGGAGGAUUUCACAAAGGUUUUGGAUGUGAAUCUGAUCGGAGUAAUUGAUGUGACGCUCCAGUUUCUGCCUCUGCUGAAGAAGGCUCAGGGCAGGGUGGUAAAUAUGGCCAGUGUUUUGGGCAGACUGUCUCUGAUUGGAGGAGGAUACUGUCUGUCCAAAUGGGGAGUGGAAGCUUUCUCCGACAGCCUCAGGAGGGGCAUGCAGCAGUUUGGCAUCAAAGUGAGCAUUAUCGAGCCUGGUUUCUUUAAGACAGCUAUUACCAGUGUGGAGCUGAUUGACACUGACCUGAGGAGGCUGUGGACCCGCCUCCCUCAGGAGGUCAAAGACUCGUAUGGAGAAACAUACUUAGAAGACUAUGUGAAGGCUCAGGAAUUCUCCAUGGGCAUCCUGUGCAGUACAGAUAUCUCCAAGGUGACCAGGUGUAUGGAGCACGCGCUGACGGCUCAGUUCCCACGCACACGCUACAGCGCAGGCUGGGAUGCCAAGUUGUUUUGGAUCCCUCUGUCCUACCUCCCUUCAUGUGUGUCAGACUUUGUUGUCAAUAUGCUUCUUCCUUCACCUAAAGGGUAACAAAGAAAGAGGCAACUAAACUAAACGAUAUGACGGUUUUUCCCAAAGUUUUUAAAGAAAUGAUUUGUGACAAUACAUUUUUUUUAAAAGUGUCAAGACUGUUACAAAAUAGGACAUUUAUUGAUUUCAUGUCCCAGCAAUUUAAACCAUAUGUUGUGGAUGAUCACAUAUACAGAUUUUUUUGACAUGUCCUUAAUAUGAUACGAAAUAAAUCAUUCUGUAAAGUUAAGAACUUCUUCACCGUGUUUACAUAAUGACAGUGUACAUCUGCAUCCUCAGGUCACGUGUUGCUAGAGAAUCAACUGCUUAAAUGAAUUUACAUUGAAAACCGACAAGGGCACGUUGGAGUAUUGCUCCAAGCUGAUGUUGGCCAUUGUUCCAAAAUUAUUAGUGAACAGUGAUCAUGCUGAUUCAAAGUCAGGGAACAAAGUGAUUUUGAUUAAGAGUACAGUAUGCUUUGCACACGCUUUUUACACCUGUUUACACUGGAGCAAAUAUCUUUGUAAAAUUAAAAAGCAAUUACUAAAUUCCAAUUACUCUUGUUUAGUUUCCAGC